GAAAUUGAGAAACAUAUGUCCCGUUUAAGCUACAUCCCAUCAACCCUUUUUUCAACAGAAGUCACAUUGGUAGAUUUCUUAGACAGGGUGCACAUAUCCGAGGUCAAAUUGCGUUCAAAAGGCUUGUGGGAUGUUCCACAUCCAUGGCUCAAUCUUCUAAUACCCAAAAGCCAAAUACAUAAUUUUGCAGAAGAAGUCUUUGGGAACAUCCUAACAGGAACUAGCAACGGCCCCGUCCUUAUCUACCCAAUAAACAAAUCCAAGUGGGAUAACAGAACUUCUGUUGUCAUUCCAGAGGAAGAUGUUUUCUACUUAGUGGCAUUUCUUGCAUCUGCAGUUCCCUCUUCCAAUGGAACUGAUGGCCUAGAACACAUUCUAAGUCAGAACAAAAGAAUUUUAGAAUUCUGUAAAAGAGCACAACUAGGAGUAAAGCAAUAUUUGCCCCACUACAGUACACAGCAAGAAUGGAUGACCCAUUUUGGUCCUCACUGGGAGACUUUUCUGCAGAGAAAGUCUGUUUAUGAUCCAUUAGCAAUACUCGCUCCUGGCCAACGUAUAUUUCAAAAAGCAAUAAGCUUUUCAUGACCGCAGUCUCCUCAUUUUAUUAUUAACAAUCUCAAAAAGAAAAGUCUCUCGUGCAUGCAUAUGCGAAAAUGAAAAUGUUAAAUGAUCAGACAGGUUUGGACACGGACCAUACUGAAUGCAAAAGAGGAUUAUCGAUAGUAGAGAAAUAGAGAUCACAAAAUGAUGAAUGGUGAGAUUUGUAUGCCUGACAGGUUAAUAAGAAAAGUUGUCAGUGUGUGUAUGCAUCAUUACUGAUGGGAAAUUGCUUAACAUGCUUAGUGUAGCACCAAGGCAGCAGGGUCCGGCUGAGAUUAGGUCAACAAAAGGUAUCAAAUAUCUGAGACAUUAAUUAUUGUAGGGUUUCCACAGAACUUAUAAAUAUAUUAUCAGCAUGAACGAAUGUAUAUAUCAAAUUUGUUGACAAUUCCUUAUUUAUUCUC